CGACCCGCUUCCCUCCCUCCCUCCCUCCCUCCCCAAGUCCCUGAGCGUUAGUAGUCCCGCCAGCCGCGCCCUGGCCUUCCAAGCCCAAAGGAAGAAGGGACGGCCAGAAGGAGGAGAGACAGAGAGGGAAGAGGAGGGGGAAGGGAAGGGGAAGGAAGAAGCGGAGAGGGGAAAACAAAGCGCGUGCACGGGGAAAACUUGGGGGACGUGAGCUCCAAAGAGCAGGGAGAAAGAAGGAAAAAGGAGACCCAGAGAAAGGAGAGGCCGCAAGUUUCCUGGGGGAGUUUGCGGAGUUGUGCGCGGAGAGGGAAGAGGCAACAAAGAGGAGAAGAGGCUGCUCAAGGGGGCGAGGAGCCCAAAAAAGGGAAGGAGAAGCUGAGCCGCGGGAGGAGGGGGCUCCGCGCUCCAUACGCCCUCCUCUUCGCGUGGGGGGACCCACUUCUCCUCCUCCUCCUCCCCCCUCGGGGCUUGGCCCGCACUUGGCCAGGCUCCCCUUUGUCCUCGCCUCCUCCUCCUCCUCCUCCUCCCUUCUGCGCGCUCGCUUCCUGGGCAGAAGAGAGACGCCGCCAAAGCCAGCCUGUUGUUGUGGAGGUCUCUGCCGGUGGGGAGAGGCCAUGGGGUCCCCUUGGCUGGGCUUGGCUCUGCCGCCGCUCCUCCUCCUGCUCCUGGGGGGCCCGAUCCCGCGCCUCGCCCGCGCCCAGGACCAGGACCAGCAGCCCUCCUGCCACGGCGCCUUCGACCUCUAUUUCGUCCUCGACAAAUCAGGGAGUGUCAUCGACCACUGGUUUGAAAUCGUUGACUUUGUGAAACAACUGACAGAUAGAUUUGUAAGCCCUCGGAUGCGGUUAUCCUUCAUAGUGUUUGCCAUGCAAGCAAAAGUCAUCCUGCCGUUAACAGGAAAUAGGGCACAAAUUGAGAGAGGACUGGAGGAGUUACGCAAUGUGAAGCCAGGAGGUGAAACGUACAUGCAUGAAGGAAUAAAAGAAGCCAAUAGACAAAUUGAAACAGCAGGAGGUUCAAAGUCUAACAGCAUCAUCAUUGCUCUAACAGAUGGGAAGUUAGAAGGCUAUAUACCACAGUAUGCCGAGAAACAGGCAGCUAUAUCCAGAAGUUUAGGAGCAAGAGUUUACUGUGUUGGUGUCCUCAAUUUUAACCAAGAACAGCUUGAAAGUAUAGCUGAUUCAAGAGAACAAGUUUUCCCAGUCAAGGAAGGAUUCCAAGCUCUUCGAGGGAUAAUUAAUUCUAUAUUGAAACAGUCGUGCACAGAGAUUUUAUAUCUGGAGCCCUCGAGCGUUUGUGUAGGAGAGAAAUUUCAGGUUGUUUUAAGAGGAAGUGGUUUUACUUUGGGAAGGUCAAAGGAGAGUGUUGUCUGCGCCUAUAUUGUAAAUGGAACAGAAAUGAAGGAGAAACCCAUGCAGGUGGAAUCUGAUUUCAUGCUCUGUCCAGCACCCCUUCUCCAUAAAGCUGGCCAAACACUCGACGUUUAUGUCAGUCUCAAUGAUGGGCAGUCCCCUAUCACCGGCUCCUUAACCAUUACUGCAACAGAAUGUGCAAGUGGCAUUAUUGUCUUGAUAGUAAUCCUUGUAUUGUUACUCUUGCUGGCACUCGGUCUCAUGUGGUGGUUCUGGCCCUUGUGUUGCAAAGUGGUCAUUAAAGAUCCUCCUCCUCCACCACCACCAUCAGCUCCAGUAGAGGAAGAAGAAGAAGACCCUUUGCCUAAUAAGAAGUGGCCAACAGUGGAUGCUUCUUAUUAUGGUGGACGAGGAGUUGGAGGAAUUAAGAGGAUGGAGGUUCGUUGGGGUGAUAAAGGUUCGACUGAAGAAGGGGCUCGGCUAGAGAAAGCCAAAAAUGCUGUGGUAACAGUGCCUGAAGAGACAGAAGAGCCAUUUCAACCUAGACCACCAAAACCAAAGCCUACCUCACCUCCUCCUCCUCAGGAGAAGUGGUAUACACCAAUUAAGGGUCGACUCGAUGCACUGUGGGCUUUGCUGAGGCGGCAGUAUGACCGAGUGUCUUUGAUGCGACCGCAGCAAGGAGAUGAGGGUCGAUGCAUGAACUUCACCCGGGUUCAGUCUCAGUAAAGGAAGAUCAAGGAGUGAAAAGCCAUCACUUUUGUAUUGUAACCAAAGGAAGACAAUGAAGCACUUAUACGAAGGUCCUCAGAACUUCAGCCUUUCAGCAUGGACAAUCGCUCCAUUUGGUUCCUGCACAAGUCAACUAAUGCUGCUACACAAAGCUCUUCUGUCCGCCAUUUUCUUUUAAGCUUUUAACCUCAUACAGCAUUCAUUACAGUAUUAUAUGAUUUGCAAUGGUGAUGCAAAGACACGUUGGCUUAGCAUGACUAGAGUCCCACCAGAAAUCAAGCAUAGGAAUUGCCAGCAAUUUGCCAGUGCCUUGGCUUUCAUUGUCUUUAUUGUAAUUGAACUGCAUAUAACUUGAGCCUUUAUGUGCCUCAACCAGGAGCUGCAUUGUUUCUUGGAUGUGAUGAUGGCACGUGUUAUUUAAGCAGGAAAGUAUUUGCCACAGGCAGAAGAGUGAAAUUCCCACCAGGCCUGGAAAAAUGUAAGAGUUCAUUGCCUUACAGCGAUGUCAUAUCACAAAAUCCUUCCGAGUCCCAUCCGCCCACCGCCCCCAUCGGAUUGUGCCUUACGGGAACCUUCUGACUGAAGAUCUUGUCACUUUAACACUGAGCAAUGCACAUGCAUGACAAAAUGUAGACACAGUGCCUCAAGGUAUUGGUGGCAAGCAAGGCUUUGCCCUUUCGUUUCCGAAGACACCUUUCUUUCAUUAUGCACCCAGGACAGGAAGAAAAAUUAAUAGAGCGUUAUUCUACAGGAAGACAGCCUGUAACCAAAGAUCUUGCAUGGAGAUUGAAGGACCAAUGCUUCAAGGCCUUGGCACUGUGGCUGAUAUUUUUCUCUCCCUCCCCUCUGUGCUCGGCACUCGGUAGUAUAUAUAAAAAAAUUAUGCCUUCUAGACAUGAAUUUUAGGCUUGUGCAUUGUUACAAUACUACGAUGUGGUGGGAAGAGGCAGUUGCCACAAAGCAGGUAUCUCAGGGUGCAUCUCCCCCCACCCUCCAAAUCUCCAAGGGCUCUUCAGCGUCACAAGCCAGCAACUCUCUUUGCAUGAGAAUUUCAAAGUUUAAUUAAUAUAAUUAAAGGCAACAGCAAGCAGCAGCCUGUGAAGGUUUUGCUCAUCUUUUUUUUAUGCCUUUUGACAUUGAAUGACCUAUUACUGUAUGCACAUUACUCCGUUUUUGAGGGGGUACCAUGCCUUGGUGGAGAAUGAACAUUGGGGCCAAAAUUAAUUUAAAAAAGAGAUAGGAGAGGAGGAGGAUGAAGGAAGGAGGGAGAUAAAUCAGGAGACCUCUUUUUCUCCAUUUCUAAAUUAAAUAUACAGGAGUGCGGGCCAUCAAAAAACAUUGACAAAGUAUGUAUUAUAAUUUUUUUAGAAAAACCAGCGUUGUGUCACGUCGGCGGUGCCAAAUUAUGUUAGCGUGAGUGGAAACACUGUGGGGGAGGAAGGAGGCAGCAGCUGAAGAAAAAGGCUCAAAUGAUCCAGUCACUUUCGAUACUGUACUUCAGAUGCAAAAUGGAUAUUCGAGUCGAAACCUGACAAAGUGCGCCUACUUUGAUGGGAACCGGUAUAGACAAUGACCAGUGGCUGGGUCAGUGGGAUGUCUCUCUGCGAGCAAGGAAGCUUAUCAAAUGACACUAAAAAUAAGUUCAACAACCAUCACGUUGGAGGGGAAAAGGCGAACAUUUCACGUUUGGUGGGCAUGUAUGUGCGCAAGACGGGAAAGAGCGAGGGGGAUGCGUGCCGGUCUAAUUAUCCCCCUUUGUUGCUUCUCAUUGAAAUCUCUAGGGACGCAAAAUAAUUUUUCUUGGUUGAUGGCCAAAUUUACAGUUCUUCCCAAACCAAGAUGUCCACCACAAUGCCUCUCAUGUGUAUCUUAUUGGCUCAAGAUUAUUUGAGCAAUCCGUAGCAUUGCCAACCCCCCAUUUUGUGCUCACAUGGAUUAAAUCAUGUACCUAAGGUUGUACUACAGCUCAUUUCUCUUUCAUGUAAACCCUGUUUUGUAUCGUUGGGUGCAUGCUUUGACUGGGGUUGCCUCCAUCUCCAGCUGCUGGCUUCAGCCAAUAGACUCACCUUCUGCUGUCAUCACAUGAGUUCUGAGAAGGGAUGUCACAGGCUAACUCAGGGGAUGCACGCUUGUCCAAUUAUUUAAAUUUGUCUGAUGCUACGGCAUGUGUAGAAUGUGGUGUUAGCAAUACACAUAAAACAGGAAAAGGUGCCUUUACAAUCAUUUUCUGCAACCUCUAGGAAACACUUUUUUAGCUUUAAGAUGAGAUCUUCAGACCUUCCAGGCAGGAUAGGAAUGUGAUAAGGUUGUUACAAGAUACUAAUAUGUACAUUUUCUUUACAAGCAAAUGUUUCAGUUACUGGAAACAAAUGGUUAUGUCUUUGUAAAAUGAUUUUUUCACUGCCUACAGUAACAAGCAAAUCAUGUGCUCCUUCUCAUUUGCUACUCUGAAUUUGUCUGGAGAAAUGGUGCUAAGGAUUUGAGUGAAGAUAUCCAAUCGUCCUUUACGGAUUCGAAAUAAAUUCACAUUCUAUAUCUGAAUGUUUGUUGCAUUUGAACCUAAGUAUUUAGAAAAGCAAAUAAUUUAAACAAAUAUUCAGAAAAACAAAAAAAUCAAAUUAAAUCUACUUGUUAAACAGCACAUUUAAGGAUAUUCCUUCCUUACCUUUUUAAAAAAAGCUGCAAUAAAACCACUGUAUUGAAAAUAAUUCAGACAGGAAUAUUUAAAUCGAAAACAUUGGCAAUAUAUUUAUAUCUUUGAGAAGGACCAUGUUUAAAGUGAUCCAUUUUGUGAAUUUCUUUUUCCCAGAAAUGAAACAUUCCCAUUUGGUUAUUUAUCACAAUCAUCCUUUAUGCAAAACAAUACCAAAUGUUUCUCAGGGUUUGCCAUUGCAUUGACUUCGUAAUUUUAUGAAACCCUUAUUUGUUAUUCAUUUGAAACAUAACUCAUGUGGUAAAUAAUUGCUCAAAUACAUACAUUUGAAUGCAGAACGCGGCACAGUAUUAUUUAAGAUCUCUUUGAAAAAGCCCCUGGUAAAAUAGCAGCACAACAGCGUUUAACAAUUUCAUGUCCACUGAGCUUCCAAUGUAAGUGAACCAAAGCAGUAUUAAUUUAAUAGAGUCUAUUAAAUGUAAUAAAUUUAUAUGUUUAUAA